AUGACCCUGCCACAUAACUUCUUGUCCAGAUUACCCAGGUUCCAGAACACGAGGGUAGGUACGUGUCAUGCUUCAUGCCACCCCCCCCCCCCCCCCCCUCCGCCGCCGUCGACGCCGUCGCCGCAGUCGCCCCGCCCGCCCCCGGAGCCCGACAAGCGGCCCGCCGCCGCGGCGCCCCCCAAGCGCAGCAAGGCGGUGCGGCGGCUGCUGUUCGACGAGGAGCACAGCUCGCCCGUGUCGGGGACCAUCAUCCGGGAGCUGCGCGACGACGAGCCGCCGCUCGCGGUGCGCAAGGGCGACAUCGACCCCGCCUUCAACGUGGUCGAGGUGACGGAGGAGGCCAAGGCGGAGCUGGCCAAGAUCGAGAACCGCAUCGGCGACUACAUCUGCCGCCUGUGCUGCGAGAUGUACGAGGACGCGUUCGGGCUGGCGCAGCACCGCUGCUCGCGCAUCGUGCACGUCGAGUACCGCUGCCCCGAGUGCGACAAGGUGUUCAACUGCCCCGCCAACCUGGCGUCGCACCGCCGCUGGCACCGCCCCCGGCCGCCGCCCGGCCCCGUCGACCUGGCCGUCAAGAAGGACCGCGGGGACGAGGACGGCGAGUUCGCCUGCCCCGCCCCCGGGUGCUUCAAGAGGUUCCGGCGGCAGGCCUACCUGCGCAAGCACCUGGCCACGCACCAGCAGCCGGAGGCGGCGCCCCCGCCGUCGCUGCCGCCGGCCCCGCCCGCCGACUGA